UGCAAAUCUCUCGUUGUGUUUUCUAUUUUUGAAGAGUCCUUGAGGAAUCGUGAAAAGAAGAAGCCUAACCUGGAUCGAUCUUCGGUGCCGCUUAUCCCGGUUUCGGCAAAUUGAUCCGAGCUCAACGUGUAGGACUAGCCCUCUUAAUCUGGAGUCCACGUCUGCUCAUUCAAGGCACUGAGCAGAUCGUGCCACUUCAGGUGAAACUCAAAACAGCAGUGAAAAAGGGGUAAUUAGCUCAAUUCACCGUAAACCUAUGGCCGAUAUCAGCUGUGUUGAGUAUUUUUAAUGUCAGUCAAUCUUUUUUAUGUUUCUUUACUACCCUAUAUCUAUUUUAUGAUUCAUGCUGAAAAUCCAUUUGGCUUCCAGUGACCCACUUCACCAUAGCCAUGUCUCAAAAACUGGUCACAAUUAGCUUCGUCUUAGCGACAAUACUGCUCUGUACAGUACUAUUCACAAGGACGUCCCCUCAUUUCUCAACAUUGUUAUCGUUACAAAGUCAUGCAGACGUCUUCAGCAAGGAUCCUCAUCUAAACUCAAGACUUGCACAUGCCGAAAAGCUAUGGAAACGCUCUAUCAAAGCUCGUGAGGAAAUGGCCCAGGUAGUCGGCUACGAUGAAAAGUUUCCCGACGGAUACAUGAACCCCUUCAAUGUUUGGGACUUUGCCCGCCCAAGUUUCUUCUGUCCCCACGAUCUUGAACGAGUUGGCUCAAUCAGCGAUGGCGGCAAGAUAAUAUGUGGUAUGACGCGCUAUGAGAAGGAGUGUCCUGGCCCAUCGUCAGACUCGAAUAAGGCACGGGAACUUAUUGUUUACUCAUUCGGCGUGAGUGAUGACUCUUCCUUUGAGGCUGAGUUGUUGCAGCGCACGAAUGCUCGCAUAUGGGGAUAUGAUGGCACCGUUGAGAAGUGGGCGCAGCAAGUUCCCGAGUUCAUAUGGUCGCGUGCCAAGUUCCAGAAGGCGAUGAUUGGAAAGGUAUCAGACAGCAAGGCUAGACCGCCUGUGUUUUCGAUACAGGAUCUGAUGAAGGUGAAUGGUCACUCAUACGUUGAUCUCAUCAAGAUGGACAUCGAAGGGGCAGAGUUUGACGCUCUGACGUCCCUGAUCGAGUCUGGUAAGGACCAGCGAAAUAAUGACAAUGUGACUUUGCCUUUUGGUCAGUUGUUGGUCGAGAUGCAUCUCAAGAAAGCACCAGAUGGCGUCACGGUUCCAAAUGGCCUUAGAUCCUGGUUGAAGUGGUGGUAUUCUCUGGAGGCGAUGGGCCUGAGGCCAGUGAGCAAUGAGGACAAUUGGAUCGGCGAUAGGGUAUAUGGCAUGCCGAGAUUCAUGGAGUACACGUUUAUCAAUGCAAUGGACAAAGAAAGGAAUUUAUUACUGUGGACAUGAAGGGCAGAGCCUUGGAUUUAAGCUAUAGACGUGAUAUAUAUGAGACUACAUGAUUCAA